AUGGAUCAACUAAAGCAAAUUCACCUCCAAACCAUCGUAACAGGUGUUAGCCUAGACCCUCUUGUAUGUUCCAUGAUUAUCAUCUUUUGUUGCAACCAUCAUUUGGGCGAUAUCAAUUACGCACGCCAAGUGUUCGACAAAACUCCCCAACCAAAAGUUUUCCUUUGGAAUACCAUGAUCAAGGGAUACUCUCGCACUACCCAAACCCAACAUGCCAUCUCCAUGUAUAUACAGAUGUUAAGAACGAACGUGAAGCCCGAUGAUUACACAUUUCCAUUUCUGCUAAAAGGAUUUACACCAUCCAUCAGUUCAAAAAUCGGAAAGGCAAUACAUAGUCAUGUAUAUAAAUUGAGGUUUGAUUCUAAUCCAGCUGUCCAAACAUCGCUAAUACACAUGUACUCUUUAUAUGGAAACAUGGAUGACACUAGACGGGUUUUUGACACAAGUUUAAAAAACGAUCCCAUAGCUUGGAAUAUCAUGAUCACUAGCUACAACAGAAGCAAACUAUUCAACGAAUCAAAAAAUCUUUUUGACAAAAUGGAGAAAACACAAGUCAAACCCACUCUCAUCACUCUCGUUUCAAUCCUAUCAGCUUGCUCAAAACUAAAAGACAUUAAUGGAACCAAACACAUUCAUCAAUACAUCAAGAACAACAAAAUCGAUCCAAAUGUGAAAUUAAAUAACACAUUACUCGAUGCGUAUGCCACCUGUCACGAAAUGGACACCGCACUUGAAGUUUUCACAAACAUGAAAACAAGAGAUGUGAUUUCAUGGACAGUGAUUUUAUCGGGGUUUCUCAACAUCGGGAAAUUCGAUUUCGCUCGCGAUUUUUUCGAUCGGAUCCCAGUAAAAGAUUCGAUUUCAUGGACUACAAUGAUUAACGGGUAUGUAAGUCAAAACAGGUUCAAGGAAAGUUUAAUGCUUUUCAAGAAAAUGCAAGAUGAAAAAAUCGAACCCGAUGAGUUCACCAUGGUUAGUGCUCUCACAGCGUGUGCGAACAUGGGUGCACUCGAGUUAGGUGAGUGGGUGAAGGUUUGCAUCGACAAGAACCACAAUCUUAAAAUAAAAAACGAUGUUUUUGUGGGGAAUGCACUUAUAGACAUGUACUUUAAGUGUGCAGAAGUUGGUAAAGCAGUGGAUGUUUUCAAAAAAAUGGUGAAGGAAGACAAGUUUACUUGGACUAAUAUGAUUGUUGGAUAUGGUAUGAAUGGAUUUGGAAAUGAAGCGAUAAACAUGUUUAAUGCGAUGAUGAAAGAAUCGAUAAAACCAGAUGGGGUUUGUUACCUUGGUGUUCUUUGUGCUUGUAUGCAUAGUGGUAAGGUAGAUGAAGGGAGAAAGUUGUUUGAUGACAUGAGAAUUCACCAUGGAAUUGAGCCAGAGGUGGAGCAUUACGGGUGUAUGGUUGAUCUUUUGGGUAGAUCUGGGCUUUUGAGUGAAGCUUAUGAGUUUAUAAACGCAAUGCCAAUUAGACCGAAUUCGGUAGUUUGGCGUGCACUUCUUGGAGCUUGUGGGAUUUAUAAAGAUGUGGAUUUGGGUGAAAUAGUUGCUAGAAAACUUGUUGAAUUAGAGCCGGAUAAUGGUGCAGGGUAUGUAUUGUUGUGUAAUAUAUAUGGAGCUUGUAAUAGGUGGGAAGAUUUACGUGAAGUAAGAAAUCUAAUGAUGAAUAAAAGGGUCACGAAAACCCCGGGUUGUAGUUGUAUAGAGGUUUAUGGAAGCAUUCAUGAAUUUGUAGUAUGUGAUAGAUCUCAUUUUCGAUGUGAUGAGAUAUACUCGAUGUUGGAGAGGAUAACACAAGAUUUGAAAGUUUCUGGGUAUACACCGAAGAGUAAUGGGAAGUUUCUUGAUUUCGGAGAGUGGGGGUAA